GAGCAGAAGUACAAUAAAGAGGUCGUCAAUAUUACCAGCCACGUCAAGUCCAAGAUCACUAUCAUAGUAUAAGGGGCCAUCUAGAAGGGAGGGAGGUCCCCGCUAGGCAUCAUGAUCAGGGACUCAGCUUUUAAGAAGAAUAGGUAUACUGCCAACAGCUAUAUUGCAGCUCUGGAGGAGAGUUUGGCUCCCUACUACUCUCCUGAGAGGUUUUUUCUCCAGGAUAACGCGAAGAUCCACGUGGCCAGGAAGACGACUAACUGGCUGGAGCGGCACAGAAUCUGGGUUCAGGAGCACCCUCCUCACAGCCCAAACCUCAACUCAAUUGAGCACGUCUGGAAGAAAAUAAAGGAAAUCCUACGUAGGGACUUCCCUGGCCUACAUUUGCUCAAGAAGAACGAAGGUGUGUCAAUGUGUUGA